CUGUCUGGGCUAAGUAGAUGCUUUCCAGGUACCGUGGCUUCGUUUAUAAUCCGAACGAACGCCGCCCAUCUAGUUGGACGAAGUUUGCCAAAACGAAUCACUGAUGAUAUCGUAUGUCGUCUGAGUAAUGAUCCAGUUAUACGAUCGGUGCAUGACGUGAAAGCGACGGCGCUCGGCGUUGAACAGUCGCGGUUUAAGGCCGAAUUAGAUUUCAACGGUCGAGAAAUCACUCGUGCCUAUCUGCGUCAGGACGUUCAUAUGCCAUCGCUCCUGAAAGAAGUUCAAGAAUUGAAAGAUGAGGAAGAACUCGAGAGCUUUAUGGAGACGCAUGGUGAGAAAAUCAUCGAUCGACUUGGCGAUGAAAUCGAUCGAAUUGAGAAAGAAAUCACCAAGAAACACCCGGAUAUUCAACAUGUGGAUUUGGAAGCUUUGUAG